UGAUCGCAACCGACUACAUACAUUUAACGAGUUGAAAGUAGGCUCGAGGAGGAACAUAUUUUAAUAUGCGAACUUUUUUCGCCAUUUAAAUCGUUUUACUUCUAUGAACCGUGGAGUUGGGAAGUCAUUGUUUGAGGCGGCAGCACAUUUGUGUGAAUUAGCUGCUCAGAAAAGGAACCAUAUCUGGUCAAACUAUUCAGCUGUCACAUGCGCUAUAUAUAGUCUGGUAUAAGCGCUGACUGAACCAGGUCCUGUGGUCACGGGGCUCAACUGUUCCUGUCGGUCUGCCCUUUCUCUUUCCUUCGGUCUCUUUCUUCCCUUUAUCUUGUUGAUCAUGUUCCAUAAGGAGAUGGAGAAGUACAGGGAUGUGGACGAGGAUGAGCUCCUGCAGAAACUCAGCGAGGAAGAGCUCAGGAGACUCGAAGAUGAACUUGAAGAGCUCGAUCCUGAUAAUGCUUUGCUGCCGGCGGCAUUCAGACAGAGGGAUCAAACUAAGAAAGCUCCAACUGGAACAUUCCAGAGAGAUAACCUGGUAGCUCACCUGGAGAAACAGGCUAAGGAACAUCCAGACCGGGAUGAUCUUGUUCCCUACACUGGUGAGAAGAGAGGAAAUGUUUGGGUACCUAAAACAAAAGUUGUUGAUCCUAUCCUGGAAGACGUCAAUCUGGAGCCUGAACUAGAGGAGGCGUUAUCUAGUGCCACUGAUGCAGAACUGUGUGAUAUAGCUGCUAUUUUGGGCAUGCACACACUGAUGAGUAAUCAACAGUAUUAUGGAGCAUUGGCCAGCAGUAAUAUUGUCAACAAACAAGGCUUAAACAGUGUAAUCCAGUGUACUCAGUAUAAGCAAGUGCCAGAUGAGGAACCCAAUGACACAGAUGUUGAAGAAACACUGCAGAGGAUCAAAAGCAAUGAUCCUGAUAUGCUUGAAAUUAACCUAAACAACAUCAAGAAUAUUCCAAUCCCAACUUUGAAAGCAUAUGCUGAAGCGCUUAAAGAAAACAGUGUUGUGGAACGCUUGAGCAUUGUUGGCACCAGAAGUAACGAUCCUGUAGCCUAUGCACUAGCAGACAUGCUGAAAGUGAACACCACUCUGAAGAGUCUAAACGUUGAGUCAAACUUCAUUACUGGAGCUGGAAUUCUGACACUCGUGGAAUCCUUAAAGAGCAACACUACACUACAGGAACUCAAGAUUGACAACCAGAGUCAGCCAUUGGGUAAUAAGGUGGAGAUGGAGAUAGCUAACAUUUUGGAGAAGAACACCACUCUGCUGAAAUUUGGGUACCACUUCACCCAGCAGGGCCCACGUUUGCGAGGAUCUAAUGCUGUGAUGAACAACAACGACCUUGCUCGUCUAGUUCGGUCGGACACAGAUGGUGCAAUAACAUUCACUCUGUCAGUCCCUGAGCUGGAAAGAGCCUUCUGUAAAAAGUUCAGGUUUACAUCAAAACCCAAUAAGAAAGAGAAGGCUUGAAGGAGGUCCCAUCUUCCCUAAAUGUCGGACAGACGUGUAGCAGCAGGAACCCUUUAUGACCUGGGGCCUGCACCAGCCUACAUCACAUCUUAUCCCAUAUCCUCCCACCAGUUCUUUCUGUCUUUCAUAGAUAACUUAAGUCGGGUUCAAACUGUCAAAUUUUGGCCACGAUUUUGCCAUCUGAAAUAAAUUUUAGGGAUUGUAAAAGAUAUAUCUUGUCAUAGGGCAAAAUGUGCAGUCUUUGAUCGCUUAGUGUGACACAUUCAAUGACCUCCAAUUUGCCAUCGCAAUGAAUUUGACCCUACAAUGAUGUUCUGGCAGCAUCAGAAAUGUUGUGCCAUGGCUUUAACCCAAGAGCUUACUGCGAUCAUAUUGUACAGACUGACAAGCAACGAUCGUAAAUGACCACAAGUGUUCGUGCAUUGUGCACUUGACUUUUAAAUUAACAUCUGAAGAAAAUGUCCUGAAUUCAAUUCGGAAUGUGAUUUCUUUUUAAAACUCCAGAUCUGGUAACAUCAAGGUACCACCCUCUUUUUAACUGUCACAUGGUUACUCAUGGCAGUGUUUUAAAAGUUGUUUAAAUGUCCUGCCAUAACAAUAAUAUAAAAAAAUCAUCUACUUGUGUUGAUCAAAAUUAGGCUCAAUUUAUCAAAUGUUUCUCUGCUGACUAUUGUUACUGUGAACAGUUUGACCUUAAAGGAAUAGUUCACACAAAAAUGCAAAUUCUCUCAUCUUUAACUCACCUUCAUGCCAUCCCAGAUGUAUGAUUAUCUUCUGCUGAACACAAAGAUUUUAAAUGGAGAAAAUCUCAGCUCUCUAGGUCCUUUCAAUGCAAGUGAAUGAUGACCAGACCAUCAAGCUCCAAAAAUCAGAUACAGCUGCAUAAAAGUAAUCCGUACAAUUCCAGUGGUUAAACCUAUAUCUUCAGAAGCUAUAUAAUAGGUGUGAUUGAGAAACAGAAGUAUUUAAAUACUUUUUUUACUAUAAAUCUCCACUUUCAGAUUCUGAAAGUGAAAGUGGAGAUUUAUAGUAAAAAAGGAUUGAAAUAUUACUCUGUUUCUCACCCAAAGUAAUUACAUUGCUUAAGAUAUUAAACCUCUGGAGUCAUAUGGACUACUUUUAUGUGGACUUUAUGUGAUUUUUGGAGCUUGAAAGGUCUGGUCACCAUUCACUUGCAUUGUAUGGACCUAAAGGUGUGAAAUAUUUUUUUAAAAUCUUUGUGUUCAGCAGAUGAGAGAAAGUCACACAUCUGGGAUGGCAUGAAGGUGUGUUAAUGAUGAGAGAGUUUCAUUUUUGGGUGAACUAUCCCUUUUAAAGCCUACUGUUUCUGGAAGCCUACUGUGUUUGGAAGUCUUGUAUUUAGUUUUACUGUAUUGUUAACCUUAGACCUUAGCUUCUCUAUGCACACCAAAAACAUAUUUCUAUACUUGUAACAUAAUUGAAACUUGACUGAAUGUGGCUGUUUCUUCAAUUUGGCCAAUAUGGGUGUCACUGUAGUUGCAGUAUCUCUCUCUCUCUCUCUCUCUCACACACACACACACACACACACACACACACACACACACACACACACACACACACACACCAUCUAAGCAUGUUGUUAAUGUGUGAUUUUUGGGAUAUGCUGCAAGUUUGUUCUGUUUUUUAAAUGUGUGUCUUUAUAACUGGUCAAUUUUAGAAUUUAGUAAAUUGUUAAUCACAUUUAUAGGUUACCUAAUACCAGGGCAAACUCCUCACACCAUUUAUUUACACUCUGAUAUAUUUAUGCGAUUUAUUUAUUGUAGUGUAUAUUAUGUUCCUUGUUUGAGAAGGAUUUAUUUAUGCUGAGGACAAGCUUUUUUCAUUAUGUACAGUUAUAAAUAAUGUGCUACUCUACCAUUAAUACAUCCCGUAAAAAUGUGAUUGAUUGCAUAUACCAUCUUCCUAAUAUAUAGAGAAUGUGGUAUACAUAUCAGUCACAUUGAUUUUAAUGAGGAAGACCUUCCUUAUUAAAAACAUUCUUAACGGAGUAAGGAUCUUAUAAUAUGGAUCAUAAAACUAUAUGUUUUGCUAUAAUGUUGCUUUUGCCUGUUCAUUAAGCAAGCCUACCAGCAAUAACAUUCUGGUCUAUACAUUGAUUUGGCAGGGUGUGUGUAAAUGUAUGAUCAGGCCUUACUCCUUUUGUUAUUUUACCAGCACAACCACCACAGUAACAGAGAAUGUUUUAUUAAUGGAAAAUGUUUCCUUCAUAAAGAACAUUUGUAUAACUAUUAGAGUAGCAGCUUGUCCAAAACAAAAAGGAACUUUUAACUGAGAUUCACUGUUGAUUGUGUAACUGUGUCCAAGUGUAGACUAGUAGAGUUUUGUGUCUUGGAAACAGACCCAUAAUAAUCUCCAUAGAGUGCCUGGGCUGGUGAGCAUAUGUACAUUUUGUUAGCGCACCUAACAAACUGAAGUAAUAAAGUUUACAAAAGUUGUGUGGAAUUAUUGCCCUCUGCAGAUUUUUCUUUUUUUCUCCAAGUGAAUGGACCAUUUUCAUACUUGUGCAUGAUUUUCAGAAAUAUGUUUGGAUUGUUCAUAAGAGUAAAUGCUGUCUAGAUACCCACAGUGCCACUUUGUGGUCUUGCAUAUUAAUAAUGGCUGCACAUUUUAAAUAAGAAAAAUCUGUUGGCUUCAACUCCUUUUGUAGCUUUGUGCCUUUUGUAGCUUUUUGUUUAGUGUUUUUUUUCUUUUCUUUUUUUUAAAGAAAUCCUUGCUAUUCAACAUCUAUGAAGUGGACAAAUAAAUAUAUAUUACUGUGUAUUUUUACAUAUAUUUUUUAAUGUUUCAUAUGUAUAUAUUUAAUAAAAAAUACAUAUGAUUUAAAUAUCAAGAUUUUAUGUUAAAAUGUGUAUCGAAAUGUUUAUAUUUAUAUGAACGUAAAAGGCAAAGGGGAAGACAAAUAUGUAAUUUUGUCUCAAUUAAACAUGUACUGUCAAGUUCAUGUAGAAAGUACACCUAUAAUAGUUAUAAAACAAUUAGAUUGUUUUUUGGUCACUGCUUGACAUGGCUUUUCA